AUGGCCGUUUCUGUUACGAGAAGUGUUGUUUUUGCAGUGCUUGUUACAGUGUUGUUCGCCACUGCGAUUUCUGCUACAGAGAGCGAUGAAAAAAGCACUCAGCUGAAGAGCUUGAGAAACUUAACAAUGGCGGAAAGAUCACGACAAUAUAAACAUGAACACGCAGCAGCAGCAGUAGAUGAUCCAGAAGCUGUAGCUACCAUGGUCGAUAUGGCCAUCCGCAACAGCAGCAGCAGUCGUCGCAAUCUGGGAUUCUUCUCUUGCGGGACAGGGAACCCUAUCGACGACUGUUGGCGGUGCGACCGCAACUGGAUGCGCAACCGCCGUCGCCUGGCUGACUGCGCCAUCGGCUUCGGACGCAACGCCGUCGGUGGGCGCGACGGGCGCUACUACGUGGUGACGGACCCUGGCGACGAUGACCCCGUGAAUCCCCGGCCGGGCACCCUCCGCCAUGCUGUCAUCCAGGACCAACCCUUGUGGAUUGUCUUCAAACGAGACAUGGUCAUCACCCUCAAGCAAGAGCUCAUCAUGAACAGCUUCAAGACCAUCGAUGCACGUGGGGCCAACGUCCACAUUGCCAAUGGGGCGUGUAUCACCAUCCAGUUUGUCACCAACAUCAUCAUCCACGGCCUUCAUAUCCACGACUGCAAGCCCACAGGGAAUGCUAUGGUGCGCAGCUCCCCGAGCCACUAUGGCUGGAGGACUAUUGCUGAUGGGGACGGGAUAUCCAUAUUCGGGUCGACUCAUAUUUGGAUCGAUCAUAAUUCCUUGUCCAGCUGCGCGGAUGGGCUCAUCGAUGCCAUCAUGGGCUCCACAGCAAUCACCAUUUCCAAUAAUUAUUUCACUCAUCACAAUGAGGUUAUGUUAUUGGGGCACAGCGACUCGUACACCAGGGACAAGGUUAUGCAGGUCACCAUUGCCUACAACCAUUUUGGAGAGGGCCUCAUCCAAAGAAUGCCGAGGUGCAGGCAUGGAUACUUCCAUGUGGUGAACAAUGACUACACACAUUGGGAGAUGUAUGCUAUUGGUGGUAGUGCUAACCCGACCAUCAACAGCCAGGGAAACAGAUAUCUAGCUCCAGUCAACCCUUUUGCUAAGGAGGUAACCCACAGAGUGAUAGGUCCCGGUGACAACUGGAGGCACUGGAAUUGGAGAUCGGAGGGUGAUCUCUUGCUGAACGGGGCAUAUUUCACCCGCUCGGGCCGUGGGGCUGCCGCUAGCUACGCCAGGGCCUCCAGCCUGGCCGCAAAAUCGUCUUCCUUGGUGGGCCCACUCACUUCCACUGCUGGUGCUUUGAGUUGUCGCAGGGGAAUCCCCUGCUGA